CUACAAGAAUCCGCAUCCAUUCAAGUCACUCUCCAGAAUGUGGAUAGCUUGUGCACACUGUGGCAAUCAAAUCGCCUGCGCACGCAAGAUGCUAACAUUUGCUAUCCAGAAAUUGGAAUAUCUAGAGCUUCACUUACGUCUGGUGGGUGAAUGGUAACGGCCUCCUCAGCUAUAUAAGCAUACAGCGCGCUCGACUUUCUAUAUCCUUAGUUCCCACCUGUUAUAUUGUGUUGUGACUUGUGAAGUGUGUUCCUAUCUAUAUCAUCUCCGCCUUGCCACCUUUUCCCUAGUUCAUUCAUACAAAUGGAUUAUUCUAAUUUGCGACGCCAAGCUGCAUCCAUGAAAAAGAGUCUCUUUGAUCAGGGGUACCUAGAUGAGCAAUUUUGUCAGGUGGAAGACUUGCAGGAUGAAGCUAGUCCUAAUUUUGCUGAAGAGGUCGUUACUUUGUUUUUCAAGGACUCUGCCAGGCUAAUAUCCAACAUUGAGCAAGCACUGGAAAAAUACCCCAAAGAUUUCAACAAGUGGGAUGCAUACAUGCAGCAACUAAAAGGCAGCUGCUCCAGCAUUGGUGCUUCAAGGAUGAAGAGUGAGUGCAUGUCAUUCAGGGAUUAUUGCGGGCAAGGAAAUGUUGAAGGUUGUAUGAAAUCAUUCCAGAAAGUGAAGAGGGAGCAUGGUGUCCUGAGGCAGAAACUAGAAGCUUAUUUUCAGCUGCUACGACAAGCUGGUCCCGCUGGAGCUGCCACCAGGCCUGCUAUGUAAGAACGGAGCCUUGUCCCUUGGCAUUCUACAAGUUGCAGUAAAAUGGAGUAUGGCGAAAGGAGAUUGCCUGGACGUAUGUUUCCAGCUGCCCUGCUCAGCGACUAGGGGCCAGCGUAUAUGGAAUGAAAACCAAACAAGAAGAGAUGCUACGCAUGUGGUGUAACCGAAAUAAUAAUAGGUUGGCAUUUCCAAAAGAAAAAAAAGGACACAGAGAGGAAAGGAGGAUAAGAGAUGAGAAACCUGUGUAAUUAGAUACGUGAAAGAUGAUACUAACAUAUAACGAUGGAAUAAGAAUACAAAGAAUGCGCUCUCUGUUUUUUCCU